AAGAUAUAAUUUAGGCGGAAAAGACAGUGCAGCAGAGAUUUUAAUUGUGCGAAAAAAGUCCUUUUUUAUCUGAGGGAAGGCUUAAAGAGGCACGAAUACAUAUAAUAUGGCAUUAGUACAAACAAAUGUAUGUGAACCAUUCGACAGAAUAUCGCAGAGAGAGGUUUUAGCUCGAAUAUUAGCCGAAGAUGUUGAGCCUGACGAGUUGAGCACAUCGGACACUGAAAUUGAACCGGAAGAACAAGAAUGUGAAUGGAGAUGGGAUACAAAUGUCUACCCUUCGACUUCCUUAAAGCAUGAAGACAGGGAAGUACUAUUCCAUCCUGACUACAGCUGUGGUACGGCAGCAGCUAGAGGAGAGAGCCCACUAAGCAAUGAUGGAGAACACUUCUGGGAGGUGAAGAUGACAAGUGCUGUUUAUGGAACUGAUAUGAUGAUUGGUGUUGGAACCAAAGAUAUGGACUUGACAAGAUAUCAUGUAUCUUUCUGUAGCAUCCUUGGCAGAGACAGUGAGAGCUGGGGGUUGUCGUACUUUGGAACAGUUCAUCACAAUGGGAAAAGUAAGGAAUACACAACAAAGUUUGACCAYGGUACAACUAURGGCAUACAUCUAGACACAUGGAAUGGAAAACUUGCAUUUCUAAAGGAUGGGAAACACUUGGGUUUGGCCGCAGAGGGAUUGAAAGGAAAAGAACUUUAUCCAAUGUUAUCYUCUACAGCUGCAAGAACAAAAAUGCGGCUCAUGAGAAGCACUUCAGUMGGAUUUUCACUUCAGUAUUUGUGCUGUGCUGCUAUUGGCAAGCAGUUAGCUCAUCCUAGUGACAUUAGACACCUUCCCCUACCCCCUGGGGUCAAGCAUUUUCUUAUGUCAGAACUUGACUGGAUCUUCAAGGUGCAUAGAAGACCUUCUACAUCAGAUGAUGUCAGAAGUCCAAAGAGAAAGAGAAAAAAUUAGACAGAUUGUUGAAAUGUUUUACUUGUUUAAGAAUUUUGCAAAAAGAAAUAACUGUAUAAUGAUAUAUAAAAAGAAAAUGAUAUCAGUGUAAAAAUAGUAAGUGUUUAUAUAAGCUUUUGGGUGGUUUUCAUAAGCAUGAAAUAUAGUUUAGCYUUUAUAGUACAAUAAUAAGAGUUUACUUUAGAAUGUUUUGUAAAUUUCAGUCUCCUGGUUGAUGGUUUUAUGAAAAUCACUUGUGUACAUAAUAUAAUAUAGAUAAUAUUUCUUUUGUAUAAAUUAUUUUCAAGAGAUUUGGUUUAUAUUGACUUAAGCAUGCUGAAAUGUCAUUGCGUUGUGUUAAUAAUAUCUUUGCCUGAAUUGUGCAAAGUUGCAUUAUAGUUAGUCAAGGAAGAACAUUUUGUSGUUUACUGCAAUUUUAAAAGGGCAGUAAUUGUCCAAAUAUUGUGUUGUAUGUUAAAAUAUUGUGGUUUGGAGAAAAUAUGAUUAUUGCCAUCUAGAAAUGUUUAUAAUUAGCAUAAAAUUAAAUUAUAUUGGAAAUUACUCUUCUGAUUAUGAUGUAGAUUGAUUAUUUCUCAUCCAUGAAAACAGGACUUUUGCGGAAUGAAAGUAUUUAAUCUGUGAAWUUGUUCAAAAUCGAAAUUGAAAAUUUAGUAACCCAAGCAGGACCUCCUUUGAAUCACCAUUGUUUGUUGCAAAAAUGAACAAAAUAGUUAAAAGGUUAUUACAAAUUCACGGAUUAAGUGCAUUCACUCUACAUAAAAUGUACAAUGAUUAAUUCUUUUAUUUUGCAAUAUAGUUGACCAUGUCACAGUUUGGUGAAAAUGGCUAUACCUCAUUAAAYUGUUUAGCAGUUUAAAUAAAAGGUUUUAGAAAC